UACUGUAGCCUCAGACGAUACACAUGACUCUCAAGAGGACAUUGCAGUAUUAUGAACACCAAGUCAUUGGGGUUCACAGCUCUUGAUGACUUCUCCAAGCAGCCUGGAUUGCAUCUUCUGGUACUAUGGCAGGUGGUGAGAAUGGCAGAAGCUUCCUGUUAUAGGGAUGCAGAAAAGAAUUUCCACAAUAUCUCUAAAAGAUGCUCCUAUGCAGACCAUUCCAACAAAGAGGAAAUUGAAGAUGUCUCAGGAAUUCUUCAGUGUACUGCUAAUGUACUCGGACUGCAGUUCCAAGAAAUUCAAGAAAGAUUUGGUGAGGAAUUCUUUAAGAUAUGCUUUGAUGAGAAUGAAAGAGUCCUUCGAGCUGUGGGCAGCACAUUGCAGGACUUCUUCAAUGGCUUUGAUGCGUUGUUAGAACACAUUAGGACUUCUUUUGGGAAACAGGCCACUCUAGAGUCAUCAUCUUUCCUAUGCAAAGAGCUUCCUGAAGGUACUCUCAUGCUCCAUUACUUCCAUCCUCACCAUACGGUGGGUUUUGCAAUGCUGGGAAUGAUUAAGGCUGCAGGAAAGAGAAUCUAUCACUUAAAUGUGGAAGUUGAACAAAUUGAAAAUGAGAAACUCUGCUUUGAUGGUUCAAACCCAAGCAAUUGUAGCUGUCUUACUUUCCUUAUCAAAGAAUGUGAAACUACUCAGAUCACAAAGGACGUUCCACAAGGUACUUCCCAAGUUCCUGCAGACCUCAGAAUCAGCAUCAACACCUUCUGCAGAGCCUUCCCCUUCCAUUUGAUGUUUGACUCCAACAUGGUGGUCCUUCAGCUUGGGGAGGGCCUACGGAAACAACUUCGAUAUGACACUCACAGAGCGCUGAAGUUUGAGGACUGUUUUGAGAUCGUCUCUCCAAUGAUUAAUGCCACCUUCGAUAGAGUCUUGCUACGAUUGUCCACUCCAUUUGUUAUAAGGACCAAGCCCGAAGCUUCUGGUACUGAGAAUGAAGAUAAGGUGAUGGAAAUCAAAGGACAAAUGAUCCAUGUCCCAGAAUCAAGUGCCAUUUUGUUUUUGGGAUCUCCAUGUGUGGACAAGUUGGAUGAACUGAUGGGCCGAGGACUGCAUCUCUCAGACAUCCCUAUUCAUGAUGCCACCCGAGAUGUCAUUUUAGUUGGAGAGCAAGCCAAGGCCCAGGAUGGCUUGAAGAAGAGGAUGGAUAAAUUAAAGGCCACAUUAGAAAGAACUCACCAGGCCCUGGAAGAAGAAAAAAAGAAGACAGUGGAUCUGCUGUAUUCCAUUUUCCCUGGUGAUGUAGCCCAGCAGUUGUGGCAAGGGCAGCAAGUACAGGCCAGAAAGUUUGAUGAUGUCACCAUGCUUUUCUCUGACAUUGUGGGCUUUACAGCCAUAUGUGCUCAGUGUACUCCCAUGCAGGUGAUCAGCAUGCUCAAUGAACUCUACACAAGAUUUGAUCACCAGUGUGGCCUUUUGGAUAUUUACAAGGUGGAAACAAUAGGGGACGCAUACUGUGUGGCAUCAGGACUGCACAGGAAAAGCCUAUGCCAUGCAAAGCCCAUUGCUCUGAUGGCCUUAAAGAUGAUGGAGCUUUCAGAAGAAGUUCUGACUCCUGAUGGAAAAGCAAUUCAGAUGCGGAUAGGCAUUCACUCAGGCUCUGUGCUGGCUGGUGUGGUCGGAGUACGAAUGCCACGAUAUUGUCUUUUUGGAAACAAUGUCACUCUGGCAAGCAAAUUUGAAUCUGGAAGUCAUCCUCGGCGUAUCAAUGUCAGCCCAACUACUUACCAAUUACUAAAACGAGAAGACAGUUUCACAUUUAUUCCUCGUUCUCGAGAAGAACUUCCAGACAACUUUCCAAAGGAAAUUCCUGGGGUCUGCUAUUUCCUGGAGUUAAGGACUGACCCAAAGCCACCAAAGCCAUCCCUAUCUUCAUCGAGAAUAAAAAAGGUUUCCUACAAUAUUGGCACAAUGUUCCUCCGGGAAACAAGCCUCUGAGACUUGCUGCAGAUCAAAGACUCCUCCAAAAAGCACAAGCCCAGAACAUGGGUCCUCAUGAGGAGAGGAAGAAACUAUUUCUCUUCCAAUGCUCUGUAAGAACAUAUAGUAGGUUUUGUGUUAACGUCAGGCAAUAAUCCUUGAAAUGGUGAAUGACUGAUGUCAACUAAAAACAAAAAGCUGGAUGGUGUGGGGGGAAAAGUAAAAUGUUUCCAUCCAUAUGAGUAUUUCUGCUAAUGGAUAUUUUAUUUACAAGUACAGGCAAUCAGAAGUAACCAAUAGAGCCUAUGGUUUCUUGUUUGUCAGCCAUGCAGGUAUCUCUCCCUAUACAUUUAUACCACUUUUGAAAGCCAGUUUUAAAUAUAUAUUCCUACAUUUAGUGAACUGAUAGGUAAGGAAUAUUCUCUAAUUUUCUUUUCCUGAAUAGACAUCUCAUACAUAUAUUAUGGCAGUGUGAUUAAACUUCCAAGCAGAAGAACUGUAAAUCAGCAAAAUAUUUUAGGGAUGUUACCUAUUUUUAUAUAUCUAUAACUAUAUCUUCUCCUAGAUAAUUGCAUUUCCCACACAUGAUUAAAUAUUCAGAAUGUGUGGGGGCUUUGUGGGUAGAUUUGAUAAUGCUAACCUACUGAUCUAAUACAGUUUCACUUACUUAGAGCAAUUAGUGCUUGAACUGGGAAUGUGUAUAACUAAGGAUAUCAGCUGUUGAGGAAACACGUGUUUGCUUAGUAAACAUACCUUUUAGAUUUAUUUCAUGUAGCUUGGAUCCAGAGAAAAUGGAAUUUUCUAGUAGAAAAUAAACCUGUAACUAAGAUUCAGAAAAGAUUUUUUUUUAUCUAAACACAUGCAAGUUAAAACAAAACACUUUGCAAAACUAGGCCCUUUUUUACAUAAAAACUUACCAAUGUAAUGGUGUAUGCAAUCUUAAGUGACUCCAUAAUCAAUAUUAUCUCUCAAAAUGAUGUAUUAGUAGCUGCCCUUCCUGUCUCUGACCUAUGCCUUCAAAGAACUGACUGUCACACUCCAAAGCAAAUUCUGAUAUCAGAGUUACUGACAAAUAUCUGUCAGGCAAUUUUGCCAAGAAUGGUGUUUCCUAUUGCCUAAAAACAAAGUAAAGAAAAGCUCUAUUUCAUGCCUUUUGGAUUCUAAAAUGUAUAUUCUUUGGAGGUUUUAUUGAUACAGGCUCUAAAGUAUCAAAUUGCCUCAUGAAUACUGGUGUAGCCUGAACCUCCAGAUUCCACGAACACCAUAUAUACAUAGAUAGCAUUCCAUUGCAUGCUCUACUAAAUUAAGGACUGCUAUCAAUAGCCAACACUGCAUGAAAAUACUCUUUACAGGCUCACACUGAAAUUAAGAGUGCACAGUAUGCAAGAAUUUUCAUAUUUGGAGCCACAUAUAAAACCUAAAUGUCUAAGGAGUUUAGUGAUCUGGAAGCAUUUGCUGUUUUGAAAUAAUAGGAUGGACCUUUUCUUCUUAUUCAAGUAUCCAGUAUGGUAGGUAUCUUUACUGGACACAAUAUAUACUUUUUUUCAGGAAUUUGGGCCUGCAUUAAACAUUCUAAGAUAUUGCUAUAUGUUGAUUCCCAAAGUCGUCUGUGAUUGUUAAUCAUUGUUUUCUAUGUGACUUGGCAACAUUUAAAUUAGGCAAAGCACUUGUUCUAUUCAUGAUCUUUUUCUAACUUUAGCUGUAUUCUCACCCUGGUAUAAUUGAGAUACUAAUUUAACAUGCUUUACAUGGAGAAAGCAAGAUAUAUAUUUUCCAGGUUCUAUGCUGUUACCUGUCUCCUUUUUGCCAAGCAUAGUUCUGUUUUUUACACCAUAGAGAUAAAGGGCCAGAGUAUGCCUGUGAAGCUUUGUAGCCUGAGAGCAAUGUAUCCUCAAUAGAAUAAUAACAAAUAAAUUUCAAGAAACUUGAAUAUUAGCUUACCUCCUUCAUAGUAGAGAAGGAUGAGGAGUGUAGGGAGAGUAGAUAGAGUAAGCUGAAAACACAAAGUAGUCAUAUUCUACUACUGAUGAAAAUGCCUGAUGAAAGCUGACAGUCUCUUACUAUUGAAGAACGGGGGGAAACAGCCAUGUUCACCAUAGUCAUUUAUAUCUAUUAUGUGCAGUAACUAUGUUUAUUAUGAUAUAUAUUCAAUUAUUUUACACUCAAUAAACAUGUUCCAUAACCAUAAGGUUGAAAGAAUAUUUCCCAGGAACCGUGCAAUAUAUUCUCUGUAUUUAAGAAAAUUUAUGAAAAAUGUACACACACACCCACACACUCAUAUCUUUUAAAACCUAAUAUUUGAAAUCCACUCUAUUAUUCAGUGAUUAAACUAUUACUAAAUAAACAAUUAAAUAAAGCUCAAGAGGAGAAUUUGCUCAUUUAUUCUCAGUUUUAAAAGCAUCACAAAUACAUUCUGUAUUUGGUUACAUUAUUUUACAUAGUUAGGAAAGAGCCGUUACACUGUCAAAAAUGACAUUUUAAAGAACAUUGCAUAAAUUUAUUAUAUAUCCCUAACAGGAAAUUAUAUUCUUCAAUCACUAUAAUCUAUAUUUCUGAAGACAGUCUGAGGAAGUAAUAUAAUCUCUUAUAAGUUUUCCAGACUGUUUCAAAUGACUAUCAUAGUUACAUUCUUUUUUGCUUUAUGUGCUUGUAAGGCACUCAAAAAAAAAAAAAAAAGUUCCACUGUCUGUAUUUGUAGAAGGGAGAAACUAUGGAUUUUAUAUUUCCAUUUUAUUUUCUACAAAGCAGAGUUCAUAUGUUCUAUCUUAGAAAACUUGGCCGCAAAUAUAUGACAGUAUUUUGAUUCUAUUGAUUACUAGCUCUCUAUUACUUUCAUAUAUUUAACAACAUGUAGGAACGGUAUACCUUUUAGUGUGUCAGGUUGAAAGGAAUCUAGGAAAGUAUCCAUAGAAACCAAGUGAUUGCAAAUUGGUGUAAUAUGUUUAGCUCACUGUAAAAUGAAUGACUUCAAAUCUAACAUGGCAUGAAUAACUUCCCUUUCUGAAUAUUGGAUCAGGUAGUUAAUUUAGGAAAGGAACUUUGCAACUAGACAUUAUUACUAACAUUUACCACUGACAGAAAUAUCAUUUGAUGAGGAGAACAUUGUCAUCUUCAAAUAAGUCAAUAAUCUAGCAUAGGUAUAAUCUUCAUAUAUUUGUAUAGAAGUCAUCUUAUGGACUUUAGUAAAUAGGCAAUGGUGUCCACAAAGAAAAAGUACCCUGUCUGAGAAACAUGGUUGGGACUUUCAGAUUUGUCAUCUUGUGAAGGUGAUCUAUGACCCAACUUUCUAAAAUCUACCUCUGUAUGUAUAUCUCCUGUUGUAUUUUAGACUAAUUGGGGUAUCUCUUCCAAUUCCAUAUUUUAUGUGGAGACCAGUAAGCUGUGACCCAUGUUUCUCACACCAACUCUGAUAUAUAAAACUGGAGAGUUAGUCAGUGGAUCCAGCACACAUUAGUUCUUACAGUCGCAAACUUUUCUCUCUUGUUUAAUGACCAUGACAUUAGGAUAGAGAUACAUGUUCAGAAGUGUGAAAGUUUGUGUCUCUUUAAGGAAAGAAAAAAGAUAUUAAUGAGUUAAACAAAAUCUAAUUCUCAAUUGCAGCAAUGCUUUAAAACAUGUAAAAUUUUCCAGUGAGUUCUACCAAUAAAGCAAAAGUAAACAGAAACAAAAGGCAAAGCCAUUUACAAAACCUUUCAACUCUGUUCAGGACAGAACAGUGUUUCUGCUGACUGAAAGGUGGGUCUACAGGUGUGCAGUGUUAAUAUGAACUUGGAGAUUAUGGCCAUCAACACUGACAGUUUCUUCAGUUUGCCACUGGCUGAAAUGGGUGUUGUACAUGUAUAACAUAGUGACAAAGGUUUCUGUACUUUUUUUUUUUUUUUUGAGCAAGACAUUGUUUAUCCCUUCCUCACCCUCUGUGUGCUCAACAGAUAUUAUCUCAACCUCUCAAGCCCAGCCUUCAAAAACAUCAUUUCUUCUUUACUUCUGAACCAGAUUUAAUACACAUAUAAGUUAUGUAAACAUGAUGAAAGAAAAUUUAUGUUAAGAAAAUAAAAUGUCCUUAUAUGUUGCCUCAGAUCACAAUCCUCACAGUGGUGAAUGAAAAUCAACUUCUGAUACUGUAUAUGAAUUAACAUAAUCAUUAGAGACUGUUGAGAUAGUAUGCAAUAGUCCUUCAUCACACUUGAUUCAAAAAAACUAACUACUACUAGUGUUCUACCAUCUUUGUUCUCCCUUUCUUUUCAUUGAAAAAAAACUGACCACAUCCUGUCUUAUCAAGUAAUGAAUCUCGUGUGUGUGCACAUGUGCACACUUGCAUGUGGUUAUUGGUUGUAAAAGGUCAUUUGAAAAGGACUUGAGAAUGUGUGGAAGUAGUUUGUCUUUGUUCUGAUAUGUUGUAUAGCCCUAAAAUAUUUUCAGUCAAGUACUUCAUUGCUUUCCUCCAAGUUUCCUAGUUUAAUGUUUACUUGUUCUGCUUAAAAGUAUUUCACUGGCUGCAUAAUAAUAACCUAGGAAGUUUUAAGAAUUGGAAUUACUGGAAAUAUCCUUCGGCAGAUGACAGAGGUAGGACCCAGAAUGAGUUUAGGAAACCACCCUCAUUAACACUGCAUACAGCCAGAUGUGGAGAUUAUGGAAUAACAGGCUUGCAAUCUCAGUGACUCAAAGGGAAUACAAGUUGACUAAGAUAGCAAUAUAUUAUUUUAUUUAAUUUUGAAUAUUUAAGCACUCUGGGUUUCUUAUCAUAAAUUUUAGUUUUAGCUUUGGUUUCAAAUGCUUAGUAUGCUUUCAGAACAUGAAUCUUCCAACUUCUUAGUGGUAGAAGUCAACACUGAUUACCAUGAGGGAUAAAUAUUGCUCAGUAUUAUUAGGCAUAGUAGCUAUAUUCUUGGUUACUGGUAAAGCUGUGCAGUACACUUGCUGGCCUUCACCACUGAAGUAACAGAAAAUAAGUUUAGGACAUAAGUAAGUAUUGAAAUGACAGCCUACCUUCAGAAUGCUGUGAUCUAUGUUAUAAAAAGAUGCAAAGUCAAUGCUUAAUGCCUCAUUUCAUUAUGUAUAUUGCAUAUUUCUCUCAAAGCAAUUUCUUAGCAAUACUUAUAACAAUCUUUUAAGCAAUAUUUUAAGCCAUGGUAGUGAUGCCAUAUAUAAUGCACAUGUGUGCAUUUCACCAAGCCUUUGGAGAAAUGGAGACAUGGUUUCCACUAGCAAUAAUACAGGUGGUUUGGAAUUUUUAAAGUUAUUUGUUGUUUCAGAACAAAAUGAACAGCAAGGGAUAAAUCAUAUUUAAAAACUGAUCAAAUAGUUCACAAAUCAAUCUCAAAACUCACUAAUUUGUGGACAUGUAGCUAAUGUGUUUACAUCAGAGUAUGUCUGCUAUAAUUUACAACUAUCUAUAUUACAACAAUUUCUAUUGCUCUCAAAGACAUUUAUGUACUAUUUGUAAAGUUGCUCAAAUUUUUGGAUCUCUGUAGUUUAUUACAGCAAGCAACAAAGAUGGAAUUAGAGUGUAAGUUCAAAGAGCUGAUUGAGAAAGUGAACUUUGAUAAAAUAUAUGUGAGUCUUGGCUUUAUAAGCUCCUGAAAGAUUUAAGAUAAAAGAGCAAAGAGAUUUCUAAAGUAAUAGAGAAUGUUAGAAGAGAGGGGAUCUUAAGGAGUAUGGAGUUUCUAUAGUAUACUCAUUUGAUUUAAUGAAUGCUAGAUAACCCUUUUGCUAUGUGUUACUUUUGUGUUUUUGUUUGCUUUGUUGUUUUGGUCAUUUUGUUUUGUUUGGUUUGAGAGAAAAAAUUCCAAACUAGCCAUUCCCAGUCCUCUGAUGAGGUAGUGUCAGGGUAGCAGUAGCUGUAAGGCUCAGUAAAACUUCAAUUAGAAGUUCACAGAGCCAUAAAUACCAAGUCUCUGAAGGUGGUAGAUAAAAUGAUUCUGGGUUAUAGUGACAAAGGCAAGUGGAAGUGCCAGGACAUCCGGAUCUACAAAACAGAGGGUCAAACACUGGCUCUGCCUUAGGUUCCAGAGAAGCCCGCUGAAAUUAGCACAGGACAGAUAGUCAGUGAGCAGAGGACAUUAAACACAGCAUAUUCAUCUUUCUUCACACAUGUUUGGUUGACAUGACAUUCACUAACAAAAUGAUUUUGUACUUUACACUCCCCCAACUGCUGAAAUAGGAAUGAUAUGUUUUUAUUAUUGUGAAAUUGAAUCACAAAGUCUGGAAAACAUUUUAUGUCCUAAAAGCUUCUACCAUCAUUUUUUGAGGUUAUUCAAUACUUCAUAUUUUCUAAAUUUGCACUCUACUAACAAAGCAAGUACUCAGCUUCUGAGAGAAAAAAUGGCCUAAGUUUACUCAAGACUGCCCUUCUCUUCUAGGAAGCCCCAGAGAGCUAGAGAUAAGAAGAGAACCCAAGACCAUUUGAUAGUGAUUAGGGGAGAAAUGAAGGUGUUCUCUCUGCCUUCUAAUAUUGAAAGCAGAUGGAUACUCAGUCAUUAUCACUCAGAGAUUUCUCACUUACUUGUAACUGACUAUUUCAUGCAGAAUGCAUUUAGGAGAAGUAAGUUCCCUCCUAUUUUUAACUAGAAUCACUAGUCUUAAAAAAAUCAAUUAUUAUACUGUGUCAGUUCACUUGUAUAUAAACUUCAAAGUUGAUAGGGUUUCAAAACGUAUUCCAUAAAAUGCAUCAAGAGCUUUAGCAAUGAGAAACUAAUUCUGUGGCUUAGUCCUUCAGGUUUUAACCUCUGGUGAUAUCAUUUAAUCAUGAAUUAAUUAUAGUUCAGUGCUUGUUAUUUUUUCCAAGUUUUCUAUGUUACUAAACAAGGUUGUUAUAAAUAAGAAUUGUAAAUGGUGGCAUUGAACCAUAUUUCUCUUGUUGAACAAUAUUCUCAUGCUUAAAAUAUUAAACUAUUACAGAGCUCGAUAUUAAAAGCCAAAGGUAGUGUGCUCAGACUCCUUCAUGUUAAGGCAUCUAAUAAAGUGCCCCAGUGGUCUGGAGGAAUUUAGAAUUAUCUAAAGCAAUUCUGUGGGAGCUUUAGAAACAGUCUUGAACAUUUGUGUAAGGAUAAUGAUGAGUAGAUAGCAGCCAUGAUUAUCAGGCCUAUUAUUUUUAUUAAUUUCAGAUGUGUCAGCAUCACUUGCAAAAUUCAUUUCUUGUGUAACUUCCUGACCUGAAAUAAUGGUUACCUCUUGCUUAUUCUUUUGAUCCUUAAAAAAAUCUUUACUGUCUAUGAAAUACAAAUUAUUAUCUGACCAUAACAGUUUUUCUAAUUUAUGAGCAGAUAAGAAAUAUUUAGAUGGAGUCAGCUGGAGGGAAAGAAAGAGUAAGAAAAAGUCCCCGUUAUAGCUUCCCUAUAGGGAAGCUUUUACUUACAAUGGGAAGAUGUUAUUUACUUAGAUGAAAAUUAUGUCUGCAGUCCAUCUUUGUUAACCUAAGAGAAAGCUAAAGAUAUUGAUAUGGAUAUGUCAUUAAAGAUUUUUUUUAAAUCAUAGUGUUUGUAUUCAACAAACCGUGAUGAAAUAAUACUGAAUGAUAGGUACACCAAAUAAAAUGCAGCAUGCCAAAGCUUUAGAAAACAAAUAAGAAACUUAAUAAAACUGUUAAUUAGAAUGACUAUUUAAAGGAACAAUGACAAAAAAAAAUCAUCAUAUAUAUCUACCAAAGCAGAAUUUGCUUCUGUUUGGAAAAUUUAGUACUAUGUCUUCAAUCAGUAUUUUCUAUGUGACAAGUUAAGCUGUAGUAUUACCUUUAUGCUAAUGAGAAACCAAGUAGGAAUUCAAAUAUCAUCUGUAUGAGCUGCAGUUGCAUCUUAAAUAUGGUAGAUCUGGUAUCAUUUCUAAAUAAGUCUCAAUAAAAGUCUAAUGAAUGCAUUGUGUACAAAGAGACUAUGUAGGGCAAACUAGUCAGGUCUUUAAAUACAUUGGCACUUUAAACUCCUGUAUGCCCCUCUCUCCUUUCUAACUCCAGUCCUUCUAUUCUUUCCUAUUUCACUUUAUUCUGUCUUUUCUGUCUCUAUUUCUUAACAGCUCUUAUAAAGUGCAUGGCAAUAUUGUUUUACUCUUUGAGCUGAGGCUUUUCUUUUUCACAUUUACAUGACUGAAUAUUAUAGACCUGUGAGGUAAGGAGGUAAAAUUUAGAACAUAGUAGAGAUCAUUUGAAAAGAGAAUUGACUGUGAAUUUGGAUCUUGACUGCUGAGGGCUUUGUCAUAGAAGAGAAAGUGGAUCUAUGCAAACUUCUUUGCUCUCUCCUGGGAAGUAUCAGAACCAACAUUUUAAAGCUCCUGCCCAUUGCCCCUGCAAGUCUUCAUUUAGAAAAUCCACUUCUAGCUUAAUCUCUAAUUUUUCAUUAGAUUUGAGAAUCACACUGCUAAAGAUUGAGAUAGAAAAGCCUUUUCUCAAAUCUGCUUUUAGAAUCAUAGGUACAUGAAAUGCAAGUUGACUUUACUGGACUGUUAGAUGUAAGGGAUACACUACCAAACUUCUUGGGUACUGUUAUGUGAGUCAGAUAGUUCUGUUAUAGUGUUUCUAGAUCUUGAAGUGUCUGACAAUAUUCAACAUAGAAUUUAUAUCUACCCUGCUGAGGAAGCAAUAAGUAGCAUUCUCCAUGUUUUUUAGCUCUAUCCUUUUAAUAUUUUAACACAUUUACAUGUAACUUUUUAAGCACAGCUUUGACUUAUUUGCUAGAAUUAAUGAAUUUCCAUGGUAUGAAAUAAAAAGUCCUAAUUUUGAUAUUUCAUAUUGUUAUAGCAAAGGAUUUAUAUAUCUCAAUCCAAAGCCAUUUAUUUUUCAGGGAAAAUUAGAUAAUGUCUAGCAAAGUAUUUGAUUCAUAACAGAAAGUAAUUCAAAUAUCUUAAGUGUACUAAAAAAGAAGGCAAAAAUGGAAUUCUAGGAAAUACAUCUAAUCAUUUUAAUUUUCUUCAAUUGAAAUGUUGUCUUAUAUGUUAUGUCACUGUAUAAAUAUUAUAUUCAAACAUCCAUAGAAUCCUUUCUUUGUAUUCUCUAGUGCUAUAUGAGUAUUAUUAUUUUUUCUAUUUAGAAAGAUAUAUUUUCAAAAUCAACCUUGUAUACAUGGUAUUUCUGACCUGGGGAUGUAAUAAGUGCCCCGUCUGGGAACUACCCUCCUCAAUGCAACCUUUUACUUUUCAGUUCUGAUUUUUAAUUAUAUUCUUUGUUAUGUGUCAGAAGUCUUAAAUUCAUAUCAAAGAAACGAAGAAGUAUAUAAGUUCCAAACAAAUAAAUACCCCCCCAAACAGCAACACAUUUCUUUGUCAUCUUCUAUAUAUCCCAUUCUUUACUCUUAAUUUCUGAGAUAGGUGCAUAUUUACCAUCUAAAUUGAAACUUAAGUGAACACUGUUUGUGUUUUCUUAUGAUUUUCCUAAUUAAGUAUAGCCAAUCUUAUGACUUAAUCAGGUAAAUAAAUGAAUAACUUUAAUUAAAAUAAACUUUAAAUAUCCUUAUCAAUUUUAUUUACUUAUAGAAAUAAUUUUAAAGUGAUUUUUAAAUGGGAAAAAUAUAGAUAAUGCAAAGGAGAAAUUAAUCUGUGAGCCUAAGCACCUUUUUUGUCUCUAUGUGGUUUUUAUUUCCUACUGAAGAUCAAUUUCUAAGAUUCCAUUGUCCAAAAUGUACAUGUUACUGGCCACAGACUUUAGAGCAACCACUACUUUAUUAGGAAAUCUAGUCCUGCUGUUACAGCUGGGCAGGAUGUGAGAAAAUUCAGAAGAAUUGGUAGGAAAAUAGUCCAUGAAAAGAAAUGUUUCUUUCUUCCUUCCUUCCUUCCUUCCUUCCUUCCUUCCUUCCUUCCUUCCUUCCUUCCUUCCUUCCUUCCUUCCUUCCUUCUUUCCUUCCUUCUUUAUGUCUGUUCUUUCUCUCUUUCCUUCUUUAUUUCCUUCUUUCCUUCUUUCUCUUUCUUUCUUUCUUUUAAUUUAAAUUGAAUGAACAAUUUGUUUCCCUUAGAAAAAAAAAAAGAAAAUAUUCUUUAAAGUUUGUCUUUGAAAAUGUACAAUUAUUGUAAUAGCUUCUGACACCUACACUAUACCUUCAGUAAUCAACUGACUAACCUUUCUAAUUAUGCUUUGAAAGCAAGCCAAUUAAGUGCAUUCAGAAAUACAUAUCAUUCCUCCUUCCAAAAUGAACCUACCUGAAUUCAGACUGUUUAAUUGUGAGUUAACUGUGACAUUGUACCAAAGGGUCCCAAUUCCCAAGCACUACUUUAAAUCUCAAACUUACCCUGCUCUUUCAAGUGCAUAAGAUCAACACAGCAAACAUUUAGCAUGGUUUAGGAAUGACUAGGUUCCUCAUGCUAAUAUAAAGACAUAAUUAUGAUGUGCUAGGCUUUCAAUAGUGUCCUCUGCAUGAGGUAGUUUUUACUUAAGUAAAUAACUGAGUUAUUUUAACUUAGUUUGGUCUAUUUCUUGAAUCUGAUGAGUCUACAUUUUGGCUUGACUUGUUGUGAAUAAUAUUAUAUAUAUGCUAUUUUACUAACAGAUUAUACUUUGUGAUCCUUUCUUUUAAAAAUAAAUGUAGUUAUCCCAAACAUAGACUAUAAUAUCAUCAAAUAAUACCACGUAAAUAUAUUUAAGGCAUGGUUAGUUACAUAUAUUUUGAAAGGCCAAGCUAUUUUUUUUCAUUUUUUUUAUUUUUAAUUAAUGCAUCUGUUAAUCCUGUGCCAUUUUUUAAAAGUUUCAUUUUGUGGUUCAAAUUAUUUCUAAAAAUAUUUUCUUUUACCUAGUAGUACAGGUUUUGAGAAAAAUACGAUUAAAAUGAUCAAAUAUGCCUCAUUUCACUAGAAUUUUAAAAAUAAUACCUGUAAAUGGGUGGAAAUAUUUUUAAAAAUAUAAACACCAUAUUUCUUUGUUUUUUAUGUAGCAUGACUUUUUACCUAUUUGCUUAUUUUACUUGUAAUUAUCCUAAGUUAUGCACAAUGUAUAUAUUCUCUUUCAUGAAGCAGUAGUCAUUGUUACGUGCAGACCACAGAACGAGGUGAGUUUGUACAUGGAAAAAUGAUUUAUGGGCACCUGGGAUUCUUCUAAAACAAAGUGGAAAUAAAACUUGCGUGUUAUAUUUACAUGACUCAUUACAGAGCUGCUUAAACCAUGCAUUAUUUACCUUAAAAGUUCAAACUGUUACAUAUCAAGUAUUUAAAUCAAUAAAUUAU